CAACGCUGGAGAGAAGUGACACUGGACACAGCUGUGAAACACCUUGGUGAAUUGCAGGGAAACGUGUCACUUUCUGAGCCACGCCACAAAUGGAGACAUGUCAUUAUGCCAACGGUGAUUUUUUCUUGCGCUCAGUAUCAAGGCGUUAGGCCUCAGCCUGAAUUUUUUUCUUUGGUUAACUGGCUCACCCUUGGCCAGCCGACCUGAUGGCCAUCAUUGAUGGUCGCUUGACGGUUUGCUCCAACUUUGCAGCGGCUUCGAUUACAUUUGACUACCAUGCGAACAGCAUGACUGGUCCUUCGUGCGUCGUUUGUGGUGGUGCCAUUCGAGAUGGCAGGGCCGCUGCAGCGAUCGAUUUGGACAACCAUGAAGCGGUGUGCCAACUUGCAGCUGAUCCAAGGCAUGGAGAAGCACUUUGCUGCCAUGUCAUGCACACAUAUUGCGCGGAGUAUCUGACGGAAUCAGCGUGUCCUGGAUGUGUGGAGGAUGACUCCCGUGCCCUGACCCCACCAGCAAUUACUCGCAUCGGCUUCGACGUUGGGGGGGUCAUCGUCAGACACCGGGAGGAGAGGGACCUGGAGAGCGGCGUGGACACAGCAGGACUCAUGGGAGCUGACUACUUGCAUGCAGAGGCGACAGUCGGUGCGCUGGAUACACUCGCAGAGGUCGUGAAAAGCCUUGGGAGCGAAAAUGUGCACAUCAUCUCCAAAUGUGGGCCAGAGACUGAAGCCAGGACACGUGGGUGGAUGGAAUUCUCUGCCUUCUUUGAGAAGACAGGGAUUCAAAGAAAAAAUGUACACUUCUGCAGGGAUGUCAAAGACAAGGCCCCACUGGUAGCCCAGCUGAAGCUGGAUGCCUUCAUCGAUGAUCGGAUUGAUGUACUGAGGCCAAUGCUGUCUCUAGCUGCAGUGCGGCCUAUUCUAUUCAUGCCUAAACAAGAAGCAGGGCAAUCGGCAGAGUUUUGGAUACCAAGGAUCGAAAAACUGAAAGGCUGGGAGGGUGUGCUUGCACUUCUGGAAACGCGCAGCGGCAGGGUCGCGGCACCGAGGGUUUGAAAGCACACGGCACUUUGGAGACAUGAAUCCGACUCACGGCACGGCGCUAGCACACGUCUCGGAGCAAGUCCUUCAAUGAAUGCCAUGGCGCCAAAGCUGGCGCCGAGAUGUACAGUUCAAUGUACAGAAGAAAAGGAUCUGCGCUUAGCCAUGGCAAAUAGUUCAAGGUUAGGAGCUGAAGCCGUAGAAAAGUUAUUUUCGUGACAUGCAAUUGGCACUUUCUCCUCCCAGCAUGGCCAUGAGCCAUGGCCAUGGCCAUGGAGAC